CUGCCUUCCUAUGUGGUAGUAGCAACUACAAUAACAACAACGAAUUUGUACAGCCGGAAAUAACAACGGAAAUCGAAAUGGAAAAUUGCGUUAACAACAUUUUAAAUGGUACAGGAACAGUUGAAUUUACACUCGCCCUUGAUUCAGAGGAGUACUACGAACCAUACAAAAGAUUGGAGUUCAAAAAAACAUUUAAGAGCUUAAUUAGCACCUGUCUCGGGAGAUAUCAUAUAUUUAUAAUCAUUUAUAUCAAAUGGCAAAAUUGUGGCUUGUUUUUAAAAUGUUCACAACUAAAUCAUGGUAAGCCUGUUGAACAGUUAGUCAGUGAGCAAUAUUUGCAUUAACCAGACCAUAGACAAACAACAGCGAAGUAUUUAACUUGUCAUGCGAACAUUAAUGGAAGUUGCCUUAAACGAUAGCCAGACAAUGGGCCAAUUACCCUUGAUUCUGGCCACCGUCUGGAUUAUCAACAAUGCCUUUGCAACUCAUACGGUCUCAGCAGUGACCAUAGGUCAAUAUGCCAGCAAUAAGGAAAACCAGCAACAUCAAAACAAUUUAAUGGACGACAUUCUAGGAAGAACCAUGAAGUCUGGAACAAAUUUAAAAUUUCUAGUGGUGGGCGAGAUGUACACUUUCGAUGAUUCGGAGAAUUUCCUAAACGAAGAGGAACGGCUAGGGCAUUUUUUCAAAUACUACUCAAAUCGAGAGAGGUGCAUUUGGAUUUUGGAUGGCCUUGAGUCCUACAUGCGACUCGAAAAAGAGUUGCUCAAUGAAACUCGUCACUAUCACCGCAAUGGAUUUUUCCUUUUGGUCUAUACCGGCACGGAGCCCCAGCGCUUGCAUAAUAUCAGAGUCAUCUUUCGUCGUCUAUUCCACAUCUAUGUCAUCAAUGUCAAUGUUCUUAUGAUGGUGGGAAAAGAUGCCUAUCUCUUCACUUAUUUUCCAUAUUCACCCACCAAAUGUCAUUCAUCAUUGCCCCAUCUGUACUUAUCCUUCAAAGGUGUAGAAAGCAAGGGAUUUGCCAUCACCAAGACAGUAUUUCCCAGUAAAGUGGAUAACCUACACGGCUGCGUUCUCACCGUGGCAACAUGGGAUCUACCUCCGUUUGUAUUUGUAGACAAAAAUCCCAAAACUAAAGAACUCAUUGCACUACACGGUAUUGAGGGUUCCAUGAUAUCGUUUUUCGCCGAGAGAAUGAAUUUUACCAUACAAGUUGUGGAACCGCUACCCUUGGAGAGAGGAUAUAUUUUUCCAAAUGGAACUGUGACGGGAGCAACAAAAAUGAUAAUGGAAUCCAAAGCCAACAUAACUAUCAACGCCUACAUCUACAAUUCAAUACGAUCAGAGAUUCUGUUGGCCAGUGAGAGCUAUCAAACUAUAACAUUUCUCAUGGCAUUGCCCUUGGGCCAACCGCUGACCCCUUUUGAACGAUUGAUAAAACCAUUCCACCAUAAAGUCUGGAUGUGGUUUAGCUCGAGUCUCAUCAUUGCCAUUGUUUGCAUAUUUGUAAUUCGUUUUUUGGGUAGAACAAAACUAAUGGAUUUCAUUUAUGGACAUAGAAAUCGCAGACCUCUUACCAAUCUUUUGUCCACGCUCUUUGGUGGAGCUCUCUACAAUUAUGGACCGGUUCGCAAUUUCGCUCGCUAUCUGCUUACUUUGUGGCUUUUAUACACUUUUGUCUUGAGGGCUGCCUACUCAGGGGAACUCUUCACCAUACUGCAGGAUGGCAACUCGCAUAAUAACAUGAAGACCUUGGAAGAGGUAGCCAGGAAUAACUAUACCAUAUAUGCCUUUGGCACUAUGGCCGAUGUCAUUCGACAUGUUUUGCCUCAUGGCAAUAUUGUGAAGCUAAUCGAUGGCGAAUAUACGCUAGACGAACUUUUUGCCCGUGUAUCUGAGCCCAAUACAAAGGAGAAAAUCGGUCUAUGUACCUUUGACUAUAUCAUACAGUACUACAAUCAAUUGAAUCCGACGCGUAGAGUGAAAAAGCUGGCGCAGUCCAUCAACACUUCGCCCUUGGUCUUCUAUAUGCCUCGUCACAGCUUUUUGAAAUUGAAAACAAGUUCGCUGAUUAUGCAAAUGAUUGCCACUGGUGUAAUGAAACGAAUAAAAAGUGUUGGCAUCUAUGCUCCGAAUCGUGAACCUCCUCGCCAAAAGAAAACCAUUCGAUUAACAAUGAAAGUGUUAUUGGGCAUAUUUUUCCUCUAUGGGGCUUUUGUGGUAAUCUGCAUCCUGGUGUUUAUUUUAGAAGUAGUCUCUAAGAAAAGUCGUUGUAUUACAAAAGCCUUGGAUUUUGUGAAUUUUUAAAAUAAAAUUGU